GAAAUAGCUCAAAUGUUUACAAAGAUAUCUAGUCUAUUGUCUUGUUUAAAUUAAUGUUUUAUAUUUACCUGUAUUUGUAAUUAUACUGGAUAAUAAAUUCCAGCCAAGACUGGAAAAGUAAUUGUUGUUCAAAAUAAUAUAUGUGUGGUGAUAUAUAAUUAUAUCACUAUGUCAAUGAUAUCAUUUAGGAAAAUAUUUCACUGGGGUCCACUUGCUGCUCUCGCGUUUAUGAAAGUUGUGACAAUAACAACAGUUCACUGUAUUAGACAAUGGUGGCCACCUGAAGAUCUACUGAGUUAUUUAAAUUUUUAUGGUUUUAUUUAUCUAAGUGGAUCAUCAUUGUAUUAUUUUAUUACUGCUAUUUAUGAAGGUCCAGGAUUUUUGCCACUCAAAUGGCAUCCAAAAAACAAAGAAGAUUAUCAGUAUUUGCAAUUUUGUAAAAUAUGUGAAGGAUACAAGGCACCUCGAUCUCAUCACUGCAGAAAAUGUAACAGAUGUGUGUUGAAAAUGGAUCAUCAUUGUCCUUGGAUAAACAAUUGUGUUGGACAUUAUAAUCACGGUUAUUUUACAGCAUUUUUAACUUGUGCUGUUUGUGGAUGUUGUUUAUCAACAUUUAAUUUGAUUGCUUGGCUUUUAUCAUUAAUAUCUUCACAAAGAAAUUUUCCAUUACCAUCUAGUUAUGUACUUAUUAUCAUUAUUUUUGCUAUUGGUUUGGCAAUUGGAGUAGUUUUUGCUGUUGGAUUGUUACUCUAUCAUCAGUUAGCUGGAAUUUUAAGAAAUGCUACUGGUAUAGAAGACUGGAUCCUUGAAAAGGCAAAACACCGACGACAUGGUACAGAUGAUGUAUUUAUUAAUCCAUAUUCGAUAAACAAAUUAUUUAAUAUUAAACAAGUUCUAAAAUGGCAUUGUGCUGCUGAUGGUGAUGGAAUCACUUGGCCAAUUAAUGAUGGCUGUCAUCAGUACACUUUAACAAUUGAACAAAUCCUGCAAAAAGAAGAAAAACGUAGACGUUCAAGAAAAUACACAGUCAUAUCUCCUUCAUCGGGUUCUUGGUUACCAGUAACACAUGGAUGGCGUGUUUUUUGUCAUCCGCCUCUUACUACUGAGCCUAGAAUUAAAUUAGAUAUUGAUGAUUUAGUUAUCGUGACAAGGUGGCGAAGGCAUUGGAUGUUCGGGGAGAAACAAAACAUCAAUGACAAUCCAAAAACAAGAAUCCGUGGUUGGUUUCCAACUUCCUGUGUCAUUGAAGUCAUAGAGAAUGGCAUGGACUCGUCAGAAAAUUCGAAGGACGAAAAUUCAUUCAACAAUUGAAGAAAUAAAAAAAUAUUGUGCGUGUUUUAUUUACAUUUAUUAUUUUUUUUUUUCUACAAAAUUAUUCUCGCAAUUACAAGUUAUUUUAAGACUCAUUGAAUGUAAUUCAUAUGCGCAAAUAAAAAACAAAACUAUAAUUACAAUUAUUAAAAAAUAAAUAAAUAAAAUAGGCAAGUGUAAUUAUAAAAAUUACAUACAUUGAUCAAGGAUACACGAUAGAAAUUUUUAUUCAAAUAAAUAACAAUAAUAUGUCAAUGUAUUUUUUAUAAUGAUUUAUAAUAAUUUAAAAAAAACAAUAACAACAAAAGUAUAUAUACAGAAUAAUAAUAUUUUUUAUUUAUUUACAAAUUAAUAAUUAUAUGUAAUUAAUUGAAAAAAAAAUAAUAUUAUACAAUUUUUAUUUAUUGCAAUAUAAUUUAUAUUAAUUAUAUUUUUAAAAAAUCAAUAGCUCAGCUUGGCUUAUUUGAAUUAUAAUAAAAAUAAUGAGCAAAUGCUAGGUGUAUUAUUGUAAAUGAAAAAAAAAAAGAAAAAAUGAAAUAAAUGUGUAGUAGAGAAAAAAAAUAUUUGAAAAAAUGUCAUGAUGUGGAAUAUACGAGAAAUUGUGACACGCAAUUGAGAGCGUGAUUAUCGGGUAAAACUUGUGAACUCAAGGGAGGUUUAAAAGGGGGUAGGGUUAACUUAACAUGCAUAAAUGUCGACAGGAUUAACGAGAUGUACUUGAUAUGUUUACGUGGUCAACAUUUGUAUAUUCACCUCAAUAUUAUAUAUAAAUAUAAAUAUAAAAUAACAAA